UCAAAACUCGAGAGAGAUCAAAGUGUACACGUCAGCAAGAUUCCCAACACUAGAGUCGAAGUAUUUGCCAUUUGUCUCCUGCACCCAUGGAACAGACAGACAGACAGACAGACAGUCAGAAGAAUGCAGGAAACGUUGAUGCAAGUGACGUCAGGAGAUACGAUGGUCGAUGGAAGGGGGAAAGAAAGAGGAAAACUCACCUCUGCGAUUUGGCGAAGAUAUUCUGUGGCCUCUUCCCUCUGGGCUUCAUUCAUAUUGCUGAGGUCGAAGCCGACCGUGUAUAUGUGUACCGCAUCAGACGACUCCUGGUUCGGCAGGACGUUGUACACAUCCUCCUUGCUAAUGUGCCCAGCGUCCCUUGAGUCCACGCCGUCAGUCAUGAGCACGAUGUCCCAGGACUUGUCGAAUGUGUCGCUGAUAUUGUUCCUCUUGUCAUUGAUGAGGUCGAUGGCGUCCCUCGUGGCGUUGUAUAAAGCCGUCGUUGACCCUGAAUCAUUGAACAGGACAGUGCAUGGGGGUCCAUUGGUGUGUGGUGCGCUCAACGUUUGCCCUGUGUCUGUAUCGGCUCGCCAGGAUCCUACCAAUCAAGAGGUCAUCGACCUCAUUAAGAAGAGCUUGCCUCUUGUCUCUUAUCAGCCCUGCAGUCGUAAGCCGAUUAAGGCGCAAUUCCCCCUCCCUCCCUUGCAUGCGUGUCUCUCUCUGUGUACGCUGCUCAUACCUGACUGCUGCUCAAGAAAAACCACCUCGAAGUUGAAGCGAAUGAGAUACAGCUUUGUGGAAACACACACCAGGCAAGCGCACUCAGUCGAUGAACCUGUCAGCAUUCUAGCUUGUGGCCUACCUCAUCAUGGUCCUGCAUGGCGCCCAGAAAGUCACGCACGGCUGGCAGACAGGAGACAAGACACCAGCGCACGAAUGCUGUGUGCGCAAAGUAAGUAACCUACCCUACCUGCUUUCAUCUCAGCAGUCUUGGACCCAGUCAUAGAACCGGAGACGUCUAGCACCAGCACCACCACGGCGGGCUUUUUGUUGGCCUUCCAUGUGGUGAUGACGGCGUCAAUCACGCUUGUGGUGGGGAAGGGCCUGACAUCAAAAGCUUUCUGCUCAUGCACGUGGCACGUCCGUCAUAUGAGAGGCUUACAGCUGAGGCGUCUGCUUGGCCGGUAUCACACCAUUCUCGAGCAGAAAGGGGGCCGUGCCUGCUCGACAGAGACACAAAUGACAUGGGCUGUCUGUUCAAAACGCCUUGAUAUCGAUCGAUCGAUCGAUCGAUCGAUGACCUGCUGGGGAUAUUUCCCUCGUUGAAUCCCACGCUCUGAUGCCGUAGUCCAGCAAGCCAUCAGCCCUGUCUGGUGGGUGUUGCAAUCGUGCGAGGGAGGGAAGCAUGCAAUAGAUACAACAAUGCCAACUGUGGUAUUUAUUGGUGGCCAACCCACCCGAGUCAGUCGCAUAAGCGAUGAAACUCUCGGCCGCUGCCACCUUUUGUGCGAGCACACUGGUGCGUGGAUACCAUCGACAGUUAUGUGUCUCACCCACCUGUUCGGUGCUGGUCCACGAUGCGCCGUCCUGAUGCAUCAACACAUACGCAGCGGGCAGUCUGGAUGAUACAUGUACCUUGGGCAUGGGGCUGUGGAUGGAGUGUGGCUUACGAGUAUGCACAACGGGUGGUCCAUGUAGUAGGUUCCGUCAGACGGGUAGAUGAAGACAAAAUCUGAACAAUCAGUGGACAGACAGACAGACCCCCACUCGUACCACGCUGGCCGGUUGUUUGGUCGGCGUUUUGCUGGCUCACCAUCGUUCCAAGCCGCUGCACGGCAUUCGUGUUCCACACGCGUUCACAGACAAAGAGAAGACACCGCUGUCGCCUCCUGCCGCCAGCCAAGUCCGUGUCCGUGUGUCUCACCGACCUUUGGUGUUGUUGUUUUUGUUCCAAUUUAUCUGCAGCAAAGUCAGUCAGUGGAGGGACACACCGCUCAGUCAGAACGGACACAACACGAGCCAUGGGAAGUCCGUCCAUCUUUGGUCACUCGCUCACCACAUUGGACUCAUAAUUCGCCACGGCAUGCAGAUAUCCCGGCCCAUUCUGCACCAU